GAAGGAGCAGCAGCAGCAGCAGCAGCUCCGCUUGCCCUCGAGUUCGAGUCGAGUUUCCGUGUGUCGUCGAAUGAAAACAAUCGCCGACGUCCGGCCGUCGUCCGCGGAUCUCGAGACGUUCAGGUUGCGCGUCCGGCAAUCGCGUGCUCCGGCUCGGCUCCACGCUGUCGCGGUAGCGCGUAGCGGUUACGGCAGCCGUCGGCCGUCGUCGUCGUCGUCGUCGUCGCCGUCGUCGUCGUCGUUCUCGUCAUCGUCGUAGUCGUCGUGGUCGCGGUGUACCUGUCGUCGCGACGGUUAACCUUAAAGAGAACGACGGGUGCCAGUGGUGGUGUUUGCCCUUCGAGGAAGUACGGCGAGUAAACUCGAGUAACGUCGAUGCUCGAGGCGGAGAGAAGGUGUGACGAGGAAAGUGCGUAGUCAUCGAUGUGAGAGCCGAGAACGACGAGGAAGAACCAGAGGGAGCGGGUGCGAAAGGGGAGAGAGAGAGAGAGAGAGAGAGAGAGAGGGACGAGGGCCAGCAAUUCCGGCGACCGCUGCUCCGUCAGGGAGCUCCAGAGGUGGCAACGGUUUCGUCGGGCAGUGUCGAAGUUGGCGCGAGGGGCGGAGAAGUCAGCUGUGGUCUGGCUCAGGUUCCGGUGGUAACGGCGGAAGCGGAAGCCGCUGCAGUAACGAAGGCAGGGGGCGAGGAGGUGGGGCCGGGUGAGGCUGGUGGUAGUCCCGAUUUCAUUAGGAGACGCAAAUUUCAUCCCUAUCCCCGUCACCUUCGUUUACCUCCUCUUCUUUUACCUCUCACCUUGCCUCACGGGAGUGGUAAGUCCGGGGGCGUUCGCCACCGGCCACCGAAAACGCUAUCGACGGCGUGACACCGGCCCCGCGGAGAGUAGGCGCCGCAGACAGGAGUCACCGCCAUCCGUCAUCAUCGUAGAAAUUGCGUUCUGAGCCCUCCCCGACGAGAGGAGGGAGCCCCGCCGACUCCUCUCGCACGCGCGACGUCCUAGUACCUCGGACCCGUUAACGGGUGCUCGUAAGGCACGCGCAUCAUCUGCCAGACAUCAUGAACGAGCUCGACAGCCUUCGUCAAGAAGCGGAGACGCUGAAGAAUGCCAUUCGGGAUGCCAGGAAAGCAGCGUGCGACACGUCCUUGGCCCAGGCCACAUCGGGCAUGGAACCUAUCGGUCGCAUACAAAUGCGAACGAGACGUACGCUGCGCGGUCACUUAGCUAAAAUUUAUGCGAUGCACUGGGGAAGUGACUCGAGGAACCUAGUCUCCGCAUCGCAAGAUGGCAAGCUGAUCGUUUGGGAUAGUUAUACUACCAAUAAGGUUCACGCGAUCCCAUUACGGUCAUCAUGGGUAAUGACUUGUGCGUACGCUCCCUCGGGUAGUUACGUAGCGUGCGGUGGGUUGGACAAUAUCUGUUCCAUCUAUAGUCUUAAAACUAGGGAAGGGAAUGUGCGGGUGAGCAGAGAACUUCCGGGUCACACUGGAUACUUGUCCUGCUGUCGAUUCUAUGACGACAACCAAAUCGUCACCAGCUCCGGCGAUAUGUCUUGUGCUUUAUGGGACAUCGAAACCGGCCAACAGUGCACCUCGUUUAUCGGGCACACUGGCGACGUGAUGUCCCUGUCGUUGGCGCCGGAUACGCGCACCUUCGUGUCUGGUGCGUGCGACGCCAGCGCGAAGUUAUGGGACAUUCGUGAGGGCUCCUGUAAGCAGACCUUCCCCGGUCACGAGAGUGACAUAAACGCCGUCACGUUCUUCCCGAAUGGAUACGCUUUCGCGACGGGCUCGGACGACGCGACCUGCAGACUUUUCGACAUUAGGGCGGACCAGGAACUCGCGAUGUACAGUCACGACAAUAUCAUUUGCGGUAUCACCAGCGUAGCGUUCAGCAAGAGCGGUAGAUUAUUGCUGGCGGGCUACGACGAUUUCAACUGCAACGUUUGGGAUUCUAUGAAGACGGAGCGAGCUGGAAUUCUCGCUGGACAUGACAAUCGUGUGUCUUGUCUUGGCGUUACGGAAGACGGUAUGGCGGUGGCGACAGGCUCCUGGGAUUCGUUCCUACGCAUUUGGAACUAACUUGGGGCUCUCCCAAGGACGUUCCUUCAAAGAACCAACUACAGUCAACCAAUUUACAGCAUAAGAAUCAAGUACCACCAUCUGACUACCGAGCAAGUCGGCAUGCCAGCAGCCACGACGCUGGCGAACAAUCCGCCAUGUUCACCGAAGUUGACGCUGAUCAAAAACUUUGGAUACCGGAUCAGCAGCAGUAGCAGCAGCAACGGCAGCAGUAGCAGCAACAAUAACAAUUACGAUCGUAUGAAGACCCAUGAUAGCAGCGGCAACAGCAAUGGUGGCGAUUUCAAGAAUGUUUUGGGUUGUGGUGGUAACAAAGAAGAUUCCCGCGGCAAGCGCAUCGUAGUUGACUUGACGUGGCGACGUGGUAAAGUCGGCGACAAGGACCAUGAAUAUCAACGCUUCUAGGAUGAAUUGGCUCGAAUUGGGUCGAAUACGAAGAUACAUUGCGGCGAACGAACGAGAUGUCUAAGAAUGGAGAACGAGCGCCGACAGUUAAGGGCUCUCUGCGGCAUUGGGCGCGCACUUUCUUUUUAUCCUCCCCUUUCUCAAGGAUUUUCUUCGCGAACCUUCGAGAGGCACGUGCUGUUCCGCGACUCGAUGGUUCUAUUCUCACAGGGGUACUCCCAGUCGAGGAUUCCGAAGUUCGAAGGACGGACGACAAUCUCGCGCCGACGAUCGUCAAGAGAUUUCCAUCUCGAACCAAGGUUCAAGCGUUCACUGCCGAGGAAACGCUGUUAACGGUUGCUCCGGCGGUUAGCUACGGAUUAUAUUUCUCAUACGCGAGACGAGAUUUUAUCGGGCAUGAUACGAUAUGUAAUAUUGCGUCGUGACUCAGAGAUGAGAGACGAGCACAGCCAACCUCAUAAUAGUCUCGUAAUGAUGCGUUCGAGUUUAUACGGCGCACAUUGAACGCACAUGUGUAUCGAUGGAGAUUCACGACGCGAAUUGCGUACACCUGCACGCGAAAACGGAGGAACGGUGCGGAUCGUCCAGCAGCCUCGAAACACAUCCAAUUCGCACACACUCGUCACGCGAGCUUUGCCCUCGUGCACGAGCACCGUGGUCGAGCAGAAAAGAGAGAGCGAGAGAUAUAUACAUAUAUAUAUAUAAAUAUAAAAUAAGAUGAGAUGAUCACUUUUCUUACCAUGAUAAAAUACGCCGACUUCGCACCACUACAACUAUUACUAUUAUUACUAUUACUAGCACCACGACCCUCUCGAUUGAUUUCAUAGAUAUAUUGUUAUUUAUUUUGUAUAGACCUCUGCCAUAGGCCGCCCCGCGUCUGCGUUUUUUGCGAGUGCAAGAGCGACUGAGCAUGUUGUAAAAGUGAUCGAACGAGAGAGAGCUGUGAGAGCGUGAAAAUGAGAGCGAGGCGCGCGGCCAAUUGUCAAUCAAAAAGAAAAACGAGACACGAAACGCGCGGAUAAAUGAAACAAGUGCUAAACGUAGUUGCUCCAUCGAUAGAUAACUCGAUUCCUCGGGACGUUGACGUUCACGGAAGAAUCACGAGAAUACGAGGAGCGAUGCUUCGGAGUUCGGGAAAGAGUAAAUCGAGUUUCGUCUGCUUUUGCAUCGCGCGAACGCGUUAAAAUCGCAUGAAAUGACGGGCCAGCGUCAAGUGUCGAGUACGUUUAAUGUAAUGUGUAAUCGUUUAGUUCAUAGCGUCUAUACCUUAACCUUCUCUCCCCGUCCCCUAUCCAAUUAUCUCUGAUUACGGCAACGGCGAGAAGGUGAAGAAUUAAUCCCAGACUAUCAUCUCGGCGGUAUCUCUUCCCCACUGUCGAUUGAAACGCCAAUUAAUUCUCGUGCACGAGGUGGGCACGUGCUCUCGAUCGAAAGAGUCGUGCUAAAAGUACCUUUGAAAUAGGACCCAAAGAAUCCCAGGUUGAUAGAAAGGGCUGCGAGACUCUAAACUUUCUCUCUUUCCCUUGUCAUUAUUAUCUUUUUUUUAAUCCUUUUUCCUUAUCGCAUUUUGUUUGUCAUAUAAAUCACAUAUUAUCACACGUAAGUACGUAUUUGUAUUUUUUUUCGAUAGCUUUUUUUUUUAUAACUUUCACCUAUAUACUUCUCUUUCGCGCUGUCACUACUUACCUUCCUCUUCUUUCACCCCCGCCUGUUCUGUCCUUUUUUUGUCAGAAAUAAAUGUUGAAACUGUGUAUGCAUUUAAAAUAAUAAUAUUAAUGAUAAUGAUUAUACUAUAUUAAUAUUAAUGAUGAUCGUAAUUUAUAAUUAUUAAUAUUUAAUAUAUAAGUACAUAAGAUCGAUGGUUUUUCUUAAUAUUGCAGGAUUAUAUGGUCCAAUCGCCUUCCGGCAACCACGUUCCGGCAGUCUUUUUUAUUUUCUUUUUUUAAGAAUUUUGUACAUUUACUACACAUACACACACAUCUGUAUAUAUAAAAUUGAUGCGUUUUACUUUUUGUUUGUGUUAUACGAAUAUCUUGAUUCAAAAGGAGUUCCAUGAAUCUUUGUUUUAAUUAUAAAUAAAAUAUAUAAUUUGUAUAUGUGAAAAGCUGUUUAGUAUCACGAUAAAAAUUACGGUGGGAUGUGUCAGUUGCUAAAAUCUGAAAAAUUGAAAAAAAACGUGGAUUCCGGAAAGCGACUAAUGAAAAAUUUCUUUCCCAGUGGAACAAAGCAAAAUUGUAAUUUGGCUACGGAGCAAGCGAGCAUCAAUCUUCGACGAUUUUCGAAAGAUGUUGCACAUCUCGAAUUCGAAUUUCGUAAAACCGGUUCUUUUUUUAGACGUACAUAUAAACUUAAUUUCGCUUACGUAAUGCUUUAUACUUGUUAGAUAUCAAACGGGCAAAAGAUCUUUCUUCGUCUCGAAAGAGAUCCUUGUUCCUUCGAUUCUUUAUAUUAUUAACAAUUCUUCCAAAGUUCGAUGUGAGAUCGGGCGCUACGUUAAAAAUGCGAAAUAGAAACGCGAAUUAAGCGUCCGCUUUUCGAUACUUUCGAUAUAACUUUGAAACGAGAGACGGGAUAAUAUCUUAAAGCAAAGAAUUACGAAGGAAUAGGAAAAUUUAGUAAACAGACUAAUGGAAACAGAUCUGUGCUUUUUGCAUUUCGCGGUUCCAUGGCUUUCCCAAGGAAGAACUUUCUCCUUUUUGUACCUUGGAGCCUGGAGCGAUAUGGUUUCUUAUUUUUGGUACAAAUAUGGAAAAAAUAGUCUUACCGACGAGUAACGCAAAAUUGACAAGUUAUUAAGCCUCUAGUCAUAUUAAUGGCAAGCGCGUAAAAAAUAAAAAAGAUCAGCAGGUAAAACUAAGCGGAAAUAAUUUUUUUUAACGUGUCCUUUUUCGCAAAGAUUACGUAUACUGACUUUAACUGUUUAAUUUAUUUUUCCUUUUCGGCACACAGGUAGAUAAAUAAUAAUAUGAGCGAUACAGGGGGAAAAAUAACGGCAUAAGAACAGCUCUGAUGAAAUCAGCCUUUUCUUUUUCUCUCUUUUUUUUGAACUUUUUAAGAAUAUAAAGAGAAUAAAAAGAUUUGGAAAAAGACUCAAACGUGGCGUUUCCGUUAUUUUUUUUACCGCUUCUUCGCUUUCUGUUUCCUCCCUCCGUAAGUGACACUUUCGCGUGACUUAUGGUUUCGUUAUCCUGACAUUAUCUUUGCGUUUUGGGCUUUAACACGGGGAAUCUUUUUUUCUUUUUGUUACAUAAUCGUUACAUAAUGUAAAGUAAUGCCCUGCUAAGGUAUAGAAUUAUGGCGUUGGGUCCUAUUUCAAUUAUAGAAUAAUCUUCACUAGUGUAUACGCGUAAAUGUAGUUAAAAAAAAGGGGGGAAAGGAGGAAAGAAAGGGAAGAAACGUGAAGAAUGUGCCGACGACACUUUCGUAACUUGUUUUACGAUGGACGACGAGAAGCCGUCGGGAAUACUGCCUCUUUCAAGUAAUGCACAAAA